GAGGUGCUCCGUAAAUAUGUUUGAUUAAAAUUAUCGCGGGCAUUUGGUAAUGGUGGGGUCAAACGCCGUUCUCAAAGAGGUCACGUUUUCCAACCGUUAGCUCUGUUCUCUUCCCAAACCACACACACACAACACACUCACAGAGUUCAGAAGAAUACACUCUACACUCUACACUCUACACUCUACACACACACCACUCUUUCUCCAACAUAAUGUUUUGUUACCGCCGGCUACUUCUUUUUUGUUUUUCUGUCACAUUUUUCUCCUUAUUGUUUCACUCUUCCACUUCUUCUUUGUUAUCACAUUCUCAGACACAACUCACUUCAGGGAAUGAAAAUGAGGGAAAUGGUGUAGUAUUUUAUCGGUUGUAUGAAAUAGCUGCGGCACCAUACGAGAACUCACCACUUCCCUUAGCUGCAGAGAGAACACGAAGAAAAGAUCCUUUAGAUGGCUUCAAUAAGUACACUAAUGGAUGGAAUAUCACUGACCAUCAUUAUUGGGCUUCUGUGGCAUAUUCUGCAAUUCCUAUAUUCAGCAUUGCAACAAUCUGGUUCUUGGGCUUUGGCUUAUGUUUACUACUUCUCAUUGUUUCUUACUUCUGUCGAAAAAGGGAGCCUUAUGGUUAUUCAUCAACAUACUAUACACUUUCCCUUAUUCUUCUAAUAUUGUUCACAUUUACAACAAUGAUUGGUUGUGCAGUUCUUUAUAUUGGACAAGGAAGUUUUCAUCGCAGCACAACUGCGACAUUGCAGUAUGUUGUAUAUCAAGCUGAUUCUGCAGUUGAUAAACUGAGGAAUGUUUCUGAUUACCUUGCUCAAGCUAAACUGGUCGGAAUCGAUCGUGUUUUUCUCCCUACUAAUGUUCAAACUGAUAUCGAUGACGCAGAAACUGAUAUCAAUGCUUCUGUUGCUACAAUUUCUGAUAAGACAAAGGAGAACUCAGACAACAUACAAGAUCUCUUAGAUUCUGUGAGGCUGGCGCUUAUCAUAAUAGCUGCAGUUAUGUUAGUCUUGACGUUUCUUGGAUUUUUGUUCUCAAUUUUUGGCAUGCAGCUACUUGUGUAUAUCUUGGUAAUCGCAGGAUGGUUUCUUGUUACUGGCACCCUUAUCUUAUGUGGUUUGUUCCUUAUUCUCCACAAUGUGACAGCAGAUACAUGUGUAGCCAUGAAUGAAUGGAUCCAAUAUCCUACUGCAAAUACGGCACUAGACGAUAUUCUACCCUGUGUGGACAAAGCCACUGCACAAGAAACAUUGUUACGAAGCAAAGAAGUUACUUCUGAACUAGUCAACUUGGUGAACCAAGUUAUUACCAAUGUCUCUAACAUCAAUUUUGCACCCAAUUUCACGCCACUGUAUUACAAUCAAUCUGGUCCCCUGAUGCCUCUCCUCUGUGAUCCUUUUCAUCCUGACAUGACAGAUAGACAAUGUGAUUCUGGUGAAGUGAACCUAAGCAAUGCAACACAGGUGUAUGGUAACUUCGUGUGCCAAGUUUCAGCAACAGAAAUAUGCAUGACCCAAGGGCGUUUAACCCCAACAUUCUCAAACCAAAUAUCCGCUGCAAUAAAUGUGGGUAACGCCUUAUACAAUUAUGCCCCAUCCCUUAUUGACCUACAAGACUGUACCUUUGUUCGUGAAACAUUCAGUGACAUAUAUAACGACCAUUGUCCUGCUCUACGACGUUAUACUAGAUGGAUUUAUGUUGGAUUAAUAAUGGUCUCUUUUGCUGUGAAGUUUUCUUUGAUCUUUUGGGUUGUGUAUGGGAGAGAGAGGAAACAUCGUCUAUAUACAAAAGUGUCAAAAGAGAUGAGUAUUCCCACAAGGGCCACACCAGCACCAACAAAUGCACUUGCAAUAUAUUAGUCCAUAUCACUAAAUGAGACAAGAUGUAUGAUUGAGCAACCUCAUUGAUAAAUGAUGUUUUAACCAAGUUUGGAUUAUUAUUAUUAUUUUUUAAGUGUUGGUGUAUAAUGUUGUAGCUUCUUUUUAUGACAUUGCUAGUACUAGUUUUUAAUGAAAAAUGUUGUUAUUUUA